AUGUUUACAAUGGCUCAUUCUUCUUGGAUAGAGUUUCUCUUGUUAAUCUCAUUUUUUAUAACAAGGUGCUUUGCUGGGGAGGUCACUUAUGAUUCAAAUGCUCUUAUCAUUAAUGGAGAAAGACGUAUUAUAUUUUCAGGUGCAGUCCAUUAUCCUCGAAGCACAGUGGAGAUGUGGCCUGAUAUUAUUCAAAAGGCUAAGGAUGGAGGCUUGGAUGCCAUUGAAACUUAUAUAUUUUGGAACCGUCAUGAACCUGUUCGGCGUCAAUAUGAUUUUUCAGGAAAUUUAGAUUUUAUCAAAUUUUUCAAGCUAAUCCAAGAAGCUGGCUUGUAUGGCAUUAUAAGAAUUGGGCCUUAUGCUUGUGCUGAAUGGAACUAUGGAGGCUUCCCAGUGUGGCUACAUAAUAUGCCAGGGAUUGAGUUGAGAACUGAUAACUCGGUUUACAAGAAUGAAAUGCAAAUUUUCACUACAAAGAUUGUGGAAAUGACCAAAGAAACUAAAUUGUUUGCAUCACAAGGAGGACCCAUCAUUCUCGCUCAAAUAGAGAAUGAAUAUGGAGACAUCAUGUGGAAGUACGGAGACGCGGGAAAAGCAUAUGUUAAAUGGUGUGCACAAAUGGCUCUUGCACAAAAUAUCGGUGUCCCGUGGAUCAUGUGUCAGCAACGUGAUGCUCCUCAACCCAUUAUAAAUACCUGUAAUGGAUACUAUUGUAAAAAUUUCCAACCUAACAACCCUAAGAGUCCCAAAAUGUUCACCGAAAAUUGGAUCGGAUGGUUCCAAAAAUGGGGUGAAAGGGUUCCUCAUAGAAGUGCUGAAGAUUCAGCUUAUUCAGUUGCACGAUUUUUCCAAGAAGGUGGGGUGUUAAAUAAUUACUAUAUGUACCAUGGAGGUACCAACUUUGGUCGCACGGCAGGAGGCCCAUAUAUAACAACAUCUUAUGAAUAUGAUGCACCACUUGAUGAGUAUGGUAAUUUGAACCAACCUAAAUGGGGACAUCUUAAGCAAAUGCAUGCAGCAAUAAAAUUAGGGGAAAAGAUCUUGACUAAUGGAACAAGGACUGAUAAGGAUUUGGGCAAUGCAAUCAAACUAACAACAUACACUGAUGCCACAGGGGCGAGGUUCUGUUUCUUGAGUAAUACUGAUGAUAAAACAGAUGCAAAUGUUGACUUACAACAAGAUGGCAAGUACUUUGUCCCUGCUUGGUCCGUGACCAUUCUUGACGGUUGUAACAAAGAAGUUUUCAAUACUGCAAAAGUUAAUAGUCAGACCUCUGUAAAGGUGAAAAAGAUUGACGAUGAUGCUACUACUAAGCUCACCUGGGCAUGGAAGAUGGAGCCAAAAAAAGACACCAUGCAUGGAAGUGGUAGUUUCAAAGCACACAAGCUUCUCGAGCAGAAGGAACUAACCUUGGAUGCUAGUGACUACUUAUGGUACAUGACUAGUGUCGAUAUUAAUGACACUUCCAUUUGGAGCAAUGCAACUCUUCGUGUGGACACCAUGGGUCAUACCCUUCAUGGUUAUGUGAAUAAGAGAUAUGUUGGAUAUAAAUUUAGUCAAUGGGGAAGCAAAUUCACAUAUGAGAAACAAGUGUCUUUAAAGAAUGGAACAAACAUCAUAACUUUGCUCAGUGCCACUGUUGGGCUUCCAAACUAUGGUGCACGGUUUGAUGAGAUAAAGACUGGCAUAACAGAUGGUGUUGUUCAAUUAAUUGGAAAGAAUAAUGUGACUAUGGACUUAUCAACGAACCUUUGGUCUUACAAGGUUGGUUUGAAUGGCGAAAGAAAACGUUUAUAUGAUUUGAAACCACGCACAAAUGUAUCAUGGUACACCAAUUCAUCAUCUUAUCCUAUUGGAAAGCCUAUGACUUGGUAUAAAGCUAACUUCAAAUCUCCUUCUGGAACAAAUCCUGUGGUGAUCGACUUACAAGGUUUGGGUAAAGGACAUGCUUGGGUCAAUGGACACAGCAUUGGUCGUUAUUGGCCUUCUUGGAUUACUGCUUCCAAUGGUUGUAGUGACACAUGUGACUAUCGUGGGAAUUAUGCAAAGGAAAAGUGCAACACUAAUUGUGGAAAUCCAUCACAACGGUGGUACCAUGUUCCAAGGUCAUUCUUAAACAAUAAUGACAACAACACAAUUGUCUUGUUUGAAGAAAUAGGUGGAAAUCCACAAAAUGUUUCUUUCCAAACAGUAACAACAGGAAUGAUUUGUGCUCAUGUCAAUGAAGGUGCACAAUUAGACCUAUCAUGUCAAGGUGGACAAGUAAUUUCACAAAUACAAUUUGCUAGCUUUGGCAACCCAAAAGGUAGAUGUGGUUCUUUCAAGAAAGGCUCUUGGGAAGUUAUUAACAGCCAAUCAAUUGUGGAAGCUACAUGCUUAGGUAAAAGUAGUUGUGGAUUUACAGUGACAAAAGAAAUGUUUGGCAUUGCAGGGGUUAAUGGCAUAGCUAAACUAGCUGUGCAAGCAUUAUGUUGA